AUGUCAGGCGAGGAAAUCAACCCUUAUGAACUUUUAGAAGUCAAGGUAGAAUCUACGGAUCAAGAAAUUCGAACUGCAUAUCGUCAGCGGUCGUUGAAAGUUCAUCCGGAUCGAAAUCCGAAUAAUCCUGAGGCUGCCCGCAAGUUUCACGAAUUGAAUCAAGCUUAUGAACUAUUACUCGAUCCCCUACGUAGGCUUGCUCUCGAUGCCAAGCUUCGCCUCAAACAAGCCCGGACGGAGAGAUACAAGAAUUACGAUCUAAAACGGAAAAAUAUGGUUGAUGAGCUGGAGGAACGGGAGCGCGCUCUGAAGAAGACAAAAGCAGAUAAACAAAAGGAGGAAGCUGCGCGCUUUCAAGAGACGGAAAAGAUCAAGGAUCAAGGAAGACGGUUGAGGGAGGAGAAGUCGAAGGAAUUAGAGAAGAAGGAACAGGAAGCAAAUAAGGCGGCGAAAGGAGAACAGGAAACGGAUGCGCCUACGCUUCAGUCCACAGACACGACCCUCCGCGUAAAGUAUCUCCUAACCGAGCACCCGACUUUAACGACCGCUUCCUCACUUGCAUCCCUCUUCGCUCCGUUCGGUCCUACAGAUGUUGAAACCAUCGUUGUCUCUCUCAAGUCGUCAAAGAAAUUUCCGCAUAAACCACCUAAAUAUGGAACUGCACUCGUUCCUUUUAAACGUAUCGGAGAUGCGUUUGCUGCUGUAUGCGCCACCGGCCGGCCUGAACGAGGUUUGGGAGGGAUCGAAGUUGGGUGGAUAGGUGGAACUGAGCCUGAGAUUUUGGGGUGGUUGCGGAAGAAGGGUCAUUUAGGACCUUCAGGAAGCGGAUUAUCGAAGGAAUCGCAGGUACAACGGUCUGAAGAGAAAGCCCUGCCACCACAGACACAAACUCGUGCAUCCGGUUCCAAUGAGUUUUUUUCUUUUCCCUCAUCUCUCCCCGACUUCUGCAAGCCUAGUGAUACACCCAAGGUCGGUGAAAUCGAUUAUGAGUCCCUGACAUUGAUGCGCUUGAGGCAAGCGGAAAGAGCAAGACUUGAACGGGAAAUUUUGGAGCAAGAAGCGAACGAAAACUGA